AGAGGAGACAGCGCCGUAUGCGCACACAUCUUGACAACUUUUUUACCAGUUGAAGGUAGGCUAUGUAAAUUGUCAUAAUAGAGAUAUCUACUUCCUACCCUUUUUUUCUCUCCAUAAAACAUUAACGCGCAUCAAAUAAAUAACGGCGACAAAGCAGAGAAACGACUUUUAGGCGCAUUAAAUAAGUUGAAAGGGAAAUGGUUUUCAGGCCUUGUGGGCGGGUUUUUCACUAGGCAUUGGCUAUAAAUGUAAACAGACCUGGCAACCCUGAGUUUGGACUUCCUGGCGAGGCGGGGCUCAGCAGCAGCUAACUAACAUCUGGCGAAGAGCUCGCGCUCUCCACCUCGGGCUGCAGAGACAUCUCUUAGCGACCAGCCCUGUGUCUGCCUCUAGCCUGUCUAUGAACUGAAGUGCCUCAUUUCUAAAAGAACAGACCGUCAUCAUGUCUGCGGCAGCUCCCAACAGUAAGAGCCAGUCCAGUCUCAGAGAAGACUUGACCUGCGCCAUCUGCUGUGACCUCUUUACUGAGCCGGUGAUGCUGGGGUGCAUGCAUCACUUCUGUAAGCACUGUAUCAGUACCUACUGGAGGGGUACCCAGACACCGGUUUCCUGUCCCCAGUGUAGGAAGGAGUUCACCAACAAACACUUCCAGACCAACUAUCUGGUGACGGCCAUGGUGGAGAAGGUUAGGGCCUCCACCUCGGACUGUUAUGUCCAGAAUAUACAGAAACAACAGAAGGAUUCGUUGGAGGCCCACAGACGGAGACGAGAGGAUUUCAUCGCUGUUCUAAACGGAGACAAGGACAAGAUGGAGAGCAUCAAGAGAAUUGGCUCUGAGCUGCAGGUGCGGAUCCAAGGGGAGUUCCAGGCGUUGCAGGCCUUCCUUGCGGAGGAGGAGGCGUGUGUGUUGGAACGGCUGCGGAGGGAGCAGGAGGUGGCUCUGGAACAGCUGCAGCUCCACCUGGAGGCUGUCAGAGAGGCUGUCAGUCAGCUGGAUCACAGUAUGAGAAUCCUGCAUGAGGCUGCUACUACCACUCACCAAACUGGACUAGUAGAGCUUCCACAGAUACGGCCUCCAUUAGAUGUGGGCCCAGGACCAGAGCUAGACUUGAAUGGCUUCAGCAGUAGAUACAUGGCCCCACUGCAGUACAUCACGUGGAGGAAGAUGUUCAAGUCUCUCAAACCCGGUCCGGCCCCGGUAACGUUCGACGUGGACACGGCCCACCCCAGUGUCUACGUAUCCAGAGAUAGAACCAUCGCAGUAGACUGUGAUAGCAUGGUCCCUUACCAGCCCAACCCUAAGAGGUUCCUACAGUCUGUCAACGUGCUGGGGGCUCAGGGCUUCCAAGAUGGACGCCACUACUGGGAGGUAGGAGUGGGCAGCAAGGCCAAGUGGGACCUGGGUGUGGCGUCGGAGAGGGUUGACCGUCAGGCCCGGGUCAAGCUGAGUCCUGAGAGUGGUUACUGGACCCUACGACUGAGAGAGGGAGACCAGUACUCUGCAGGCACACAGCCCUGGACACGGCUCCAGGUUGGGUGCUCUCCCCAGAGGAUAGGGGUGUUCCUGGACUGUGAUGAGAGGAAGGUGUCCUUCUACAACGCUGAUGACAUGAGUCUCCUGUACUCCUUUAGUAACGGCCCCAGGGGAAGAGUUCUGCCGUUCUUUAGUCCCUGUGUCAAUGAUACUAACCAGAAACCACAGCCCAUACAGCUGCUGCACUAUCCUCCUGUUGACCUGACCCGUUAGGACAGGUUUUUCAAUGAUACUAACCAGAAACCACAGCCCAUACAGCUGCACUAUCCUCCUGUUGACCUGACCCGUUAGGACAGGUUUUCAAUGAUACUAACCAGAAACCACAGCCCAUACAGCUGCACUAUCCUCCUGUUGACCUGACCCGUUAGGACAGGUUUUUCAAUGAUACUAACCAGAAACCACAGCCCAUACAGCUGCACUAUCCUCCUGUUGACCUGACCCGUUAGGACAGGUUUUCAAUGAUACUAACCAGAAACCACAGCCCAUACAGCUGCACUAUCCUCCUGUUGACCUGACCCGUUAGGACAGGUUUUCAAUGAUACUAACCAGAAACCACAGCCCAUACAGCUGCACUAUCCUCCUGUUGACCUGACCCGUUAGGACAGGUUUUCAAUGAUACUAACCAGAAACCACAGCCCAUACAGCUGCUGCACAUAUCCUCCUGUUAGGACACGUGUGUAGAAGACUGGUGUAUCAAUGACUACAGUCAGAAACAUAUCCCAUAAUGCUCCUCUUGGUCCUGGUGUGUUUUGAGAUGGGGUUUUCUCUGAUCCUUGGCUCUUGAUUUGCCCAAAGUGUCUACUGUUUGAGCUUCCCAAGUCUCUCACUAAAUCGUAUCACUUCAUUCCUCUGAGGCAUUUACUUCCAAAGGGUUUUGCAAUGGAACAGUUGCUAUAGUAAAUGUCUCAUCACCAGGACUUAUCAGCAUGAUGUAUCAUGGGAAUCAGAACGUGGUCUCAUUAUAAAGGAGUAGUAGAAAUAUUGUAAUAAAUUCUGCUAUAGUGGA